UACUGGUCACGUGAUUUCAUCAGCAAUAUAUUGCGGCCAGACGUAGACGUAAACACUGAAUUCACUGUUACAAACGUCGUUCAAAAUCUACUUAAAUCCUUUGCGUUGUAAUUUAUUUUCUCAGAUUUGUGUCUUAAAACAAACUUUAUGUCCGUCAGUGAGAACAUUUCGCUGAAUAUUUCAGCACCAGGAUCAGAUAUCUUUGUGAAUGAGCCUUCCAAUGCUGCUGAUAAAAAGGUUCACAUUCGCAUCCAACAGCGAAACGGCAGGAAAACUCUUACUACCAUUCAAGGGAUAGAUGAUGCUUAUGAUCUUAAAAGAAUCUUGAAAGUAUGUAAAAAGGAAUUUGCAUGCAAUGGUACUGUGGUGGAUCAUCCAGAGUACGGCCAGGUGAUUCAGUUACAGGGCGACCAGCGUACCCACAUAAAUGAUUUCUUAACAAAAGUUGGCAUAUGCAAGAAGACCCAAGUCCAGGUCCACGGUUUUUAAAUCUCCAUGCAUGCACACUCUGCACACGGUCUACACGUACGUUAUAUAUUCUAAUCCGGGGAGGUGUUAACGAUCUCUCUCUCAUUCAUGCACCAAACAUGAGUUCUAUUACUUCGUGAGAGGCAUAUUCAAACGUAUAUGUCAUACAAUGCCCUCUGAUCAAAUUUGCAGAUUCUAACACAAAUGUGAUCUCCUCCUGCUCAUGAUUUUAGAAGCGAAUCAACGGAGGCAAAUGUAUGUCAGAACAUUGCAAAAAUCUGAGACAAAAUUUCGUCAGCAAUGUGGUAGUAUUCCUAGUCACAUUGCUGCACUAUAUCGUAUUUGAUCUAUGGGUCAUUGUUGAUACAUGACUGAAGGGUCAUAUAUCUCUAUACAUAUAUAUAUAUACAUUUAUAUCAGUACAAAUAAUUUGCAGAUGGUUUUAUGCACCAGAAAUAAAACAAAUUAUGAUCAAAGUCUUGCUGGUCCUGUUUUAAUUGAAGUAUUGCAUGUACUUUACAUAGCAUUGUAGAAGAGCAGCAAAUUGCAUAUAUAUUAUAUGAUGAGAGGAUGAUACGACAGGUAACUUUACUUUUCAUUGCAAGGAUAAGUAAUGUUCAGGUAUAAAUAAGUAUGUGAGAAGAUUUUAUUAAUUCACAUUUGCAUGCUAUUUCAGAAGCUUCUUCAGAGAUUAAACUCAAAUUUCAUCUUCCUCUUAACUGAAGUAGAAUUUUAACCAUAUACAUUUUUUUUCAACUAUGAUGUAACUUUCAAGAUACAGGAUAAUUAUAUGAUCGAAUUGUCAUUUAGAUUUCCGUGGCAUUUAAGUCGUUUAUCAACUGUUCCAGUGUUAUAGUUUUUUUUUACUCAGUUGUUUGACUAGCCUCAAUUUAGAAUGCUUUGUUGGCAGCCAGAUAAAGUAGCCUUUUUCACAUUCACUUCCACAGCUCAGCAUAGGACAUGUUACAAACUUAAUUCAAAGUGUAGAAGGAAAUUAUUUGUUCCGAAGCCUUUCCUAAUCUAACUUUUUAUUUUUAUUUUGUAUACAUAUGUGUGUGUGUGUAUUUCUGGCUGUUUGAUUUAAUGACUGCCAAAAUCUUGCAUAUUUCAUUUCACAAUGCUGUGUAUGUUGAUCGCAAAACUUAUUAGAAUCAACUUAUCAUGAACUAACACUUUUUUAUAUGAAAUAGGGGUUGAAUUGUGGUGAGCUGAUUUUCAUUUAUCUUGCGUUUCAAUGAAGAAAAUGGGAGUGGAUGGUGUGACAUCAAAGUUAUGCUUGAGUGCCAAUUAGCGAAUUAUUUAACACACAUACUGGGGGGUGUUUCACAAAGAUAAUUUAAGUAUGGCUUAGAGUCGCACUUAGAUACCGAGUUGCUUACGCAUUGGUCAGAUCUUGUCAUGAGGACGCGCACUACUAUCUAUCAAUAAGAUCCUGCGUUGCAUAUCAUGUACGCGUCAGCAUUUAAAUGCGACUUAAGUCAUACUUAACCCCCCCCCCCCCCCGGUAUUCUAAUUUAUUUAUUCAAGACCAAGUGUCCCCCAGAUCGAUAAAUUUUUCAAUCCAACUCUUGUAACAAUUUACUAUGUCAGAGGUCAUUCACAAUGCAAUCGAGUUUCAGUUGGUCUACUCGCACCACAACCAUGCAGGCUUUCAAUGAUAUGCUAUGAUAAAACUGCAGCAACAAUGGAAGGGGGCAUAUGGCCUUAGACAUGUCCCAACAGGGGUACUUUUGUAGAAGAAAAAAAUGUAUGCAUGCACCAAGUUCUUAUAGGCUAGCAUUUGUUGGUGCCAUGGAUGAACAUGCCUUGAUGAUAUGAGACGAGUGCACUGUGUAUACUAUGUUGAAAUGGACAUUGGGCACUGUUGCCAUUAGGUAUACAAUUAGUAAUUGAAGCUUUCGUUCGUAUUUGUGUACUCCCUUUCACUCCAGCUUUACCCCCCCCCCCCCUCAUCACCCCCUAUUACUGAGAUCAGUUUUAGGUUGAAAUUUUUUGUUAAAGGUCACUGAAAAUAAACAGGGUUUUCUUUGGAAGUAUGUAUCUUAAAGGAAUGUGAAUAAGACAAUCUAAUUGUGACUCCACAUUACAUGUAUGUAUAAGAUCGUUUACAACAGUUAUGCUCACUGCGUGGCCUUUUUCCGAUACAGAAUUUUAGUUGUUUGUGUAUUUAGUCAAAAUUACUUUUGUGUUAUCUUUUAGGUAUUGUGAGUCACUGAAAUUUCUCAUUGAUUGUUUUGUGUUUUUCAAUUUGGUAAUGGUCUACAUAUUUCUUAUUUAAAGCUUCCAUUUUGGAUUACCUUUCUGUUGUAAUUUUACCCAACCUCAGCCCAUGAAAUGGUCCCAGUUGACUUAAACAUUAAUUUCAAGAAACAGAUUAAAUAUUUUUUAACAUUCCUCCCAAGUAAUUUGAAGAUACCAGUUUCACCGGUCUUCAUUAAUGGUUUUGUUUUUGUUUGUAAAAUCAUGCAUGUUACAAUGAAAGUAGAAAUAAAUAUUGUUAUGAC